AUGUCCGACAUGAGAAUCAACGAUUUGUACCCAGGAUUUUGCGAUGGGAAUUAUAGUACAGGCACCUGGUCAUGCGUUACCGCUGAAUUCGCCGUGCAACGCGAAAUCACUCACCACCUGAUGCAGUCCUACGUGCCCACGACUCUGAUCGUAGUCAUAUCAUGGUUUUCCUUCUGGCUAGACGUCGAAGCGGUGCCAGCACGAGUUUCGUUGGCCAUUACAACGUUGCUAACACUUUCAACCCAAGCAAAUGCGGCUCGCUUGGCUUUGCCGGAGGUGUCUUACAUGAAAGCUAUUGACGUUUGGAUGGGCGCUUGUAUGAUGUUCGUGUUCGGCGUCAUGAUCGAGUUCACCAUCGUCAACUACGCUCAACGUCAAGGGCGAAAAUGGCACCGCACGGAUGCCGAUAUCGUGAUGGCCUCCAGCCUGGAGUCGGUGAUGGAGAAGACGGCGGCUGGCAAGACGCAGAAAGAGCUCUCGGCGUCGAACAUCAGCAACAAGGCCCGCGAUCUGAUCGGACGGUUCAAGGGCAGCACGCGGGAGCAUCAUCAACAGCUUGUCGAGGCCGAGCCCGAGCCAGAUUUCGGAAACCAAGUCCGACUCCGCUCGAUGUCUCACUAUUCGAAUUUCUCUUCUGAUGUGGAUGAUGGUUGCAACACCCCACAGCACCCGGAUGCACCGGCACGACAGUUCGGGCUGAAGCUCAGCCUCCUCCAUCCACUUUGGCCGUUCCUCGACGCCAAGGCCAGAAGCUCGGUCUCCUCAAAUCCAGCGGAAGGUCUCUCCCCGCCGUCUAUCGAGAAUCGCCCUCGCUCCUACAGUGCCAGCACGAAUGUGGCUGAGAAUAACAUUGAUUCCCCACGAACUGCGGCCAAUGAGUUGUGGAAGGAUAAGGAGGCCGAAAAGGCCGAACGAUUAGCAAAUUGGGCGGCGUUUGACGACUCAACUGGCCAACUUUGCAAGCGAUCACCAUCCGUCUGGAGCCGUCUUGUCCCAAACGGCGUCGCUGCACACAACGGGUUGACAGCAAACAACUCAAAAUCGACCACCUACGGCUCGACGGCCGAAAACAAGGAGCCCAACAAGGAAAAGAAAGGCGACAAAUGGACAAACACCAUCAAACAGCUCCAAAAACACAAGCGUCCCAGCCUGUUGCCCAAUAUCCAACUGAGCCGCUUAAUAACCCAUGACAGGAAGAUGGCCGGGCGGAAUCGUGCGAAGAAGAUCGACCAGAAGAGUCGAUGGGUGUUCCCAGCCACCUUUAUCAUUUUCAACAUUAUGUAUUGGGGAUAUUAUUGCGUGGUAACA